CCCUGUGGGACCCUUCCAGCUCUGGGUGUUCUAUGACUCGGUUGUGCCCGGGCAUUUGUCUCAAAGCCCUCCGGCUUUUCCCAGGCUGCGGUGCCGGGCUGGAGGAGAAGCUCCCGCACGUCGGGCGGUACGAGACGGUGCUGCCGCGGGAGCUGCCGCUGCCCCGGGGGAAGAGGGACCUCUCUGCGCCUCCGAGCACCUACCCAGGCCACGUCCUCUACGGUGUCCGUGCAGAAGGCAGGGAAUAUCUCCUGUGGCUGGAGAAGAACAGGGCCCUGCUGGGGCAGCACUACACCGAGACUCACUACUCGGCCAAUGGCACGGAGAUCACGGAGAAGCCGGACACCCAGGAUCACUGCUUCUACCAGGGCCGCGUGCGGGGACACCCCGACUCGGCAGCGAGCAUCAGCACCUGCAGCGGACUCAGUGGGUUUUUCCGGGUGAAUGAGACCACCUUCCUGCUGGAGCCGCUGGAGGGGGCGGUGGCCGGCCGGCACGCCGUGUACCGAGCAGCUCACCUGCGGGGGAAACGCGGCACCUGCCGGGAGCCCGGCACCACCCUGGAGUACGACCGCGAGCCCAAAAUCCCCGCAGCCAUGAAGCUCUACCGCUGGAGGUCGGGUCCGAUACAAAAGGGUCCCCGGUACGUGGAGCUGGUCCUGGUGGCGGACAACCAGGAGUUCAGGAAGCACAAGGAUCUCCGCACCGUGCAGAACCGCAUGAAGGAAAUCGUGAACCACGUGGACAAGCUCUACCAGCCCCUUCGCCUGCGGGUGGCCUUGAUUGGCCUGGAGGUGUGGAACCACAGGGACAAAAUCACAGUCAGCCCCAACCCCGAGGUGACACUGGACAACUUCCUGCACUGGCGGGAGUCGGAGCUGCUGCGGAAGAAGCCCCACGACAACGCCCAGCUGAUCACGGGCGUCGAUUUCCACGGCAACACCGUGGGGCUGGCCAAGAAGCUGGUGAUGUGCACCAGAGACUCGGGAGGCGUCAACCAGGAUCACAGCACGAACCCCAUCGGCGCCGCAUCCACCAUGGCUCACGAGAUGGGGCACAACCUGGGCAUGUCUCACGACGAGGACGUCGCCGGCUGCCGCUGCCCCAUCCCCAAAGCUGACGGGGGGUGUGUGAUGGCAGGGAGCGUUGGGCUGGUUUACCCCAAGCUCUUCAGCCGGUGCAGCGAGCAGGACAUGUGGCAGUUCCUGGGGGACCCUCGCACCAGCUGCCUGCUGAACGCGCCGCGGGCAGACGAGCUGUACGGGGGGCCGGUGUGCGGGAACCAGUUUGUGGAGCGGGGAGAGCAGUGUGACUGCGGCACUCCAGAGGAGUGCUCGGACCGCUGCUGCAAUGCCACCACGUGCCAGCUGAGAGAGGGAGCCGAGUGUGCCCGAGGGGAAUGCUGCCAGGACUGCAAGGUACUGCCGUCCGCAGGGACGCAGCUCUGGCAGGUUCUUAGGUAGGGGAAGAGCCGGUCCGAGCCCCGGAGGAGUCUCCGUGCUGUGCAGUAGCUCAGCCAGCAGCAGAGUGUCGGAGUCUGGAUCCACGGGGCGCCGGGAGAGGUUUCCCAGAGCAGGGUUUUGCUGCGCUGCGCUGCCUGGAGAAGUGCGAGCAUCCGGGCAGUGCCGGCAUCCCCG